GUGAUAAUUCAAGUCGUAACUUUUUCUUUUUAAAAAACAUUUCGAAAUGCAAUCGAAUAAAGAUAAUAGAAAAGACGAUCUACUAAACGAGUUGGCAUCUGAUUACGCCAAUUAUCUGGUUGUUGAUUCCAAUGAUGAGUGGUGGAAAUUGCAAUCAGUCAUCCAAAACCUGUCCUCGAAUGUCGAGGAAUUCUCAUCACUGCUGGAGAGUAUCAACGUGGACACUAGCCUCUGCGUGGAUAGCUUGCUUCCCCACAUUGUGGCUCACUUCAAUCAAGUGAAGAAGACAUUCCGCCAAAUAGACAAACUAGAGUCUGCCGUCAAGAAGGUGGAAAAGAGUGUCAGCUCCAUGGAGGCAGAGCUCAACACUGCCGAAACCUAUCUGGAAUCAGAGAGUGUGUUCAAGACUGUCUUCAAACCAUUCCUGAAACCUUCUAAUCCCACCAGCCCAGUGCCUCCCGUCUACAAGCCUGUCGACAUAUUCAAAACUGAGACCCUGUGGGUAGAGGAUUCCAGCGCAGACUAAAAGGUUAACCAUAGUUUCAAAAAAACAUCAUUUCCAAGAAUUUAUUUAUAUUAUGACGCGUCAUGGUCAUAUACACAUUGUUGUACACAAGAGGGAGGGGAUUUGUGGUCGAGAUUUCUUUUUCUUUAUAAAUAUACAAAGUAAGGCACUGUU